UCAGUGUGGCUUGAACUCUGAGCGAGUGAGGCUGUGGCAUUCGCUCGAGCGAAGCGUUUGACUCGCUCCUGUCUGACGGAGGAAUUGAAAACCACUUCCUACCGAAGUUGGAAUUGUUGUCGAAUUUACAAAAAAAAAUUCCUAGACAUUCGUAGGAACAAAUUCGAAAGACUUAUCACGAAGUUUGAACAAAAUCGAAUGUUUACACGAGAGAAACGAAUGACAUAAAAUUUUAGCGAAAGAAAAAACGGAAGUUGGAAACAGAACACGAACAGUAAUAUAAAGUUUGUUUUACGAAAUGUUUUCUUUUUACGGUGGGAAGAUACAAUCUGUUAAUCCUUCCAUUGGUCUAAAUUGAUUCAAAAUGAUAAGUUAAAGCUACCUUGAUGGCGCUGAAGUUUAUUUUGUGCUACAAUUCCAUUGUGACAGUGUUCAGGGACAAGAAAUGAUUAAGAGAUUAACAAAAAAAAGUUGAACUUCAGCCUGGAUGUUGAGCAGAGAGCUGGAGAUUGUUGAGAAGUGCUGUUCAUUAUUUGGCGCGAAUAGUUUGUCGUGAUUAGGUAACUGAAAUAUCCUCUCAGAGUCGAGGCCAAGAGAAACGAACAUUACCCCAGCGAUUGCAGACCAAACCAUAAAUCACCACCUUCCAUAAGAAAAAAAAAUGAAGAGGAAGGCUGCUUACCGCCAUGAACAAGAUACGCUAAUUCAGAACUUGGGGAAAAUGCUUGUGAUAUGUGCGUAGUGAUCUGUUAUUGUCGUCGUGGACAUGUGUAAAAAAUAUGUCACGUGUUGUAUAUUGCUUACUCGAAUUUUAUGAGACAGUUUUUAGAAAGUUUGCUUAGUGAUCUGUGAACUUGCAAUUGUGACGUAUAGAAAUCUGUUGUGAAUAAAGGAAUGGACGUAAUUAAUGGGGCAGUCGUUUAGGUACAUUUUUGUGCCCUAACGAAAUGUCUAAGAAACCAUAAUUGGCAGAUAUACUUUUGUGUACCGGUUCCUUUAGAUCAACUGUAAAAUGCACUAGUGGGCUCAUUCAUAGCCAUGAGCCCAGUUGGGUUAAGAAGUUGAGUGACUGUAAAAUAAACAGCAAAGCCAAUGAAGAUGUUGUCCUUCGCUGAUUAAACAAAACAAAAGAAACGCCCGAAGUCCUCCGACCCACCAUGGCAGAAAAAUGCCUUUGACAUAGGCUCCGGUACUUCCCGCCAGAGAAAAUAUCCUCUAGGUUCCCCCCCUCUCCCCUCCCCGUAGGGGAUCUCCUACCGUCUUUGAUGAGGUGGUGGUGUUGGGGAUGGUGGUGGAUUGUGAGGGCGUGGCUGGUGCUCACUAUGUGGGCGGGCUGGAGAAGGGCGGCGCCCGUGUCAUCACCACCUCCGACUAAUGCUGCUGCUGCUGCUGUGUCUCCUUCAACGCCGUCUGGCGUCAGGACCAACAUCGUGGCUGAAGUCCCCGGGCUGGAUGUGGGUCCUCUCGUAUCGGUAACGGUGGCACUUGGCGACACGGCUCGACUGCCGUGUAGGCACCCAAGACCCGAUGACGACACUGUGAGUCUGGUAUUGUGGUAUCUCAACCAUACAUCCAGACCUUUUUUAAGCCACGACGCGCGCGCUGACGUCGAUCCAGGGAUUAGCAAGCACGCAAGAAGUAGGAGUGGAAGGGAGAGAGAAUCCCACAGGUUGUGGCUGGAGGAUGCUGGGACGUCCCUCGUCAUCCAGAACGUCAUGGCCGACGACAGGGCCGAGUACCGGUGUCGCGUCCACUUCCGGCUCUCUCCGACUUGGACCCAAAGGCUCCUCUUGACGGUCACAGAACGUAUAUCGAGAGUGGUCAUCGUGGAUAGCGCGGGAAAUCAGCUGGGAGGACGGAAAGUGGGUCCAUUUACCGAAAAGUCCAGCAUCAGCCUCCAGUGUAAAGCGGUUCACGGUUCCUCGACCGUCGAGAGCCUGUUGUGGCUCCUGGACGGGCUGGAGAUCGACAGGACCUGGGAGAAGACCUCUAGCGGCCUGGCAAUCAAUAUACUUAAACUGGAGAACUUGCAACACCGUCACCACAGGACGCGGCUGACCUGCAGACUGACCACGAGCAACCCCCUGCAGGCGAACGUGGCCGCUAACAUCACCGAUGUCUCGACCGUCGUCACGAUGUUUCGUGUCCCGGACGUAAAACUUUGGGUGGAGGGAAACGCUAUAGACUCCACUGCGACUCGAGUGAGGGGGAGCAAAGGAGGAGGAGGAGGAGGAGGAAGAGGAGGAGGAGGAGCAGCGUCUGCAGAAGGCGGUGAAGGUGGAGGAGGUGGAGGAGGAGGAGGCUGGGAGGUCAGCGAAGGAUCCACCGUCACCUUCAUCUGCUCCGUCAGCGCUGACCCCCCGGCCUACAACGUCACUUGGCUGCAAAAUGGAAGGGUCGUGGGCGUGGGCGGAAGGCGCUGGAGGAGAGACAACGCGUCCUUGGUCAUCACGCCCGUCACUCGAAGCGACGGGGGCCUUUACACCUGCCUGGCCUCAAACAGCGAGGGAGAUGGGCACUCCAACGCUGUCCUUCUCCGAAUAGCCCACAUUCCCCAGUGCAAAGAGCCCAAGGAGAAGAACUUGGUGGUGGCCGCCAACACAUCCAUCAACCUCACCUGCGAAAUGGACGCCCUCCCCAAAAACCUGACCUUCACCUGGACCAUGGUCGACGUGCCCCCGGAGCACGGGCAGGACAACGGCGUCCUCGACGUCAGGGGGGGCAUCAUCACAGGCGACGGUCCCCCGCCUCACCAUCCCGGUCUGAUCGACCUGACGCCGGGUCACUCCUCCGACGGGGGGCCGUGGUUGUUAACGCCUUCCCCGGGGUUCGCGGGAAGGUUGUUCCCCCCCGCGAAGGAUGGCGGUGGCUCCUCCGAGGAGGCUCCGGAGGGGUCGAUUCUGCAGCAUCGGGUCGAUCCUUCCGAUUCGACGCGGUCGAUUCUGACCUUGACCCCGACGGCGCCCGUGCAACUCUUCUGCUAUGCCCGCAACAGGCUCGGGCGGACUAGAAUACCCUGCGCCUAUACCCUGGCGACUGUUGAACCGCCGGAACCUCUAAAAUCGUGCAACGUCACGGCAGUCGAGACCAACAGAAUCGAGGUCAGGUGCGAUGAUCCGGCGCCCGCCAGGGAUACCACCGAUUCGAAUGUGGUGCCUUUAGUCAACUACUCCCCUGGGCUAAGCUUCGUCAGGUCAUCUGAGGUCAGGACGACGGCUAAUAUGCAGGUGUGGCUGGGUGGAACGCUCUUGGCAAACGUGAGUGGAGACCGCCCUGAAUUCGACGUGGGCGGUCUGCCGGCGGGCGCCUCCCUCAAGCUCGUGCUGUACGCCGUCUCCCCUCACGCCCGCUCUAAACCCAUCUACAUGUACGCCCAGACAGUUCCCAAGAUAUCUGUUCACUUGACGGACCCGUCACUCACCGACCCGGAACUCGACGACUUCCCGGGUGACUACGACGGUUUCUGGGACGACCUGGACGGCACCAUAGGCGGGGUGGUGGGCGGGGUGGUGGCUGGAGCCUGCGGGAUGGUGGUCAUCCUCUCGGGGGUGAUUAUCUUCAUCUGGUUCCGCCAGAGGGCGGCGCGGAGGAGGAGGAGGGAGGACGAAGCCCAGGGAAGCAGUCCCGCGUCUUUCCCUUCGGCUCUGUCCUCGCCCGCGAGGUCACUCAGUCGCGGCAGUUCCCACUCGCAGCUGGAAGCUUCCAGGCCUUCUUCAGUGUACUGCUUAAGCGGCGGUAGAGCACCAGUAGGAGGAGGAGGAGGUGGAGGUGGUGGAGCAACAGUAACAGGAGGAGGAGGAGGAGGAGGUGGAGGGGUGGUGGUGGGCAUAGGGGGUGGGGGAGGCCUCAGCAGCGGUGGCGGGGGGUGUCACGAAAGCCCCUGGCUGGAGACAUCCAUCACCCCCCUGGUGGCACCGACCAGCCCCAUGACUCCGACUCAGCCAUGUGUGAGUGUCGAGAGUAUGAUCCUGGAAGACAGUACUUCGAGCGAGGUCAAAUAAUAAUAGAAGCGAUUCGUAAAUGAACUCAAGAAUUUUGAGUAAGAAGAAGAAAAAGAAGAAGAAGAAAAAUACAAGAUGACGACGUAGAAGCAGCAAAACAGCAGAAAUAAAGAGAGAAAAUUUAAGGAAAACUGAAGAAUUGCAAGAAAUCUUUUCUGGAGACGAAGGCAGUUGUUGUAUUCAGCAUUUUUGAGUGAACUGUGUUUGUGGAAUGUCUCAGUCUUAAGCAAAAAAUAUCAAAAAGGAUAUCAAAAGAGUUCUGGAUGGCACUUCCUCGUAUAAUUCAGUGUUAUCCAUGAUCUAAUUAAAUAUAUACAGAACAUAUACAUUUCUGGUAAACGAAAAUUGACAGAAAAUGCAAAAGAGAAAAAAAAGUUACUGGUAAAAAUCGUAGAUAUUUCAAAAUGAUGAAGCUCUCAUUAACUAAAACUUUACUUCAGUUCACGAAUCAUUAAAGAUGCCAUCGAUUUAAUCUGAAGAAUUUUGUAAGAAAAAUGAAAAAACGAAACAAAAUUACAUCAUAUCAAAAAUGUUACAGAUUUUACGUGUUACGUUUAUUAUUCACCUUGUAAUCAAAUCUAUGAGACUUAGUUUAGGAAUGUGAGAGAGAUAUAUUAUAUGUGACUGUUCAGUAUUUUCAAAGAAACCGAUUCUAGUCCGAGUUAUGUUUCAUUAGAGGUUUAAAAAAAGAGAAGAGGGGUUUCUAUUAGAGGGGCGAACGUUCGUGGGUAUAAUAAUAAGCCUGGCGGCUGGGCGUGGCGGUUGAUAAUUGUAUUUUUAUAAUUUAUAUCAUUUUAUAAUAAAGAAC